CACGUGAGGCUUGUUCGCUGUAACGUAAACAGUAGCGAAACCUGUCAAAAUCAAACUCCGUUAACAGAGAGGUUUGUUCACUAGGCUAUAAAAUCUGCAGACUGAGUGAAAGGAUCACUUAUAGAGUCUCUCAGGAAUGAGAAUCCCGGGAUGGCAGAGAGACAGGACGCUGAGGUGGAGGAGGCAGGACAGGUGUACCUGCUGAUGAAGAAGGAGUACAGAAUAUCCAGAAAUGUUCGACUGGCAUGGUUUCUCAGUCAUCUCAACCAGGUCAUUAGCACAACACCCAAGGAUAAGUUGAUUAACUCUGUAAAUGAACUUGACAUACUGAGCAUACUUCCAAAUGGCUGGCAACCAGACGACUCUCCUGCUGCACAGUCUUACCUCCUGGUACCCUCUACCCAAGUCACAUUUUUGGCAAGGCGGUACCGAUUCAUUAUUGAACUGGACCUGAGCCCAUCCACUGGUAUUGUUGAUGAUAUCACAGGUCAAAUGAUCUUUGAUGAAGUGUUUCAGACACUUUCCCAUUGCUUGCAUGGACUGGCAAAAGCCUUUAAAGUGCCAGGGACAGAACUUAUGUUCCAGCCUGAGGUCUUUGUGACUAUUCUGGCCUACUCCUCUAUUAUUGGACUGCAGUCUCAUCAGGUUUUAGUUCAGGGUUGUCAGCUGGACAAAGUCAACUUAGAUGACUUCCUUGAUCACAUUUAUCAACAACUGCGAACUGAAGAAAACAAUAUUGCAGAGAUUUUACAACAACAACAUAAAGCUAGAGAACUGUACAACACAUCUACCGUGUGCUGUGGAGUCCCAAAUGAAGUUUCAGAAGACCAGCAUCAGCGGAAGAUUGGUGUUUCUAUGAUAACAGCUGAUAUAGGGCUAGUCAGCAUGGUGCGUCAAGGAAUUCUUGCUCUUCAGCUGUUGCCACCUAAUUCAAGUGCAGGAAUAAUAAUAAUUACUGAUGGGGUGACAAGUGUUCCUGACAUUGCUGUUUGUGAAGCUCUCUUGAAUCAACUACGAAGUGGUACUGUUGCCUGCUCUUUUCUUCAGGUGGGAGGUGCUUAUUCCUAUGAUUGCAGUUUUGGACAUGUACCCAAUGUAGAGUUAAUGAAGUUCAUUUCUGUGGCAACGUUUGGAUCUUAUAUUCCAAGCUGCCCAAAGGUCUCUGACUCAUGCCAGGACAUGAAUAUAUAUCACAAGGCUUUUUUGAUGUAUACCUUUCUGAAAACUGGAGAAUCAAUGAAUCCAGAGUACUACUGUGUUUCCCAGCACAAAUUAUUUAAUGAGCAUCUGGUGUCAGCCAGUGGUAAUCCGGCCUUGGCCAUGAGAAGGAAAAAACACACAGAGAAGGAGGUUCAUGCUCAUCUGAUCAGUGUGGUAUCAGUACGACUGCGAGAAGGAUACACUAUUCGUGAUAUCAGUCUAAUAAAAGGUGGCACUCAAUUAGAGGUUAAGCUGGUGCUUUUGUGGAAGCAUAAUAUGAGGAUUGAAUAUGUAGCAAUAGCACAUUGGCCUCUGGAUCCAUCAAAGCGUACUACAUGGGUGGAGGUAACAAUGGAAGGGAGUUAUGACAUCUUGCACGAUAUUAGUUGUACCAUGAGAAAACCUAUUACCAGCCCUUACAGGACUUCUGUUAUUCGCCGGUUCUGGAACACUUUACAGAGCAUAAACCAGACAGAUCAGAUGCUGGUGCACCUUCAGUCUUUUAAUUCAAUUCCUGAACAUUUCACAAUUCCUGAGAGCACAAAGAAUGGUGUUCCUCUCUUUUAUAUCCCUCCAGGAUCUACUACACCGGUACUGUCUCUCCAGCACAGUGGAACCAAGGAUUCUAGUCACUCCCAGUUUUCUUCUUAUUGGAAACCAAUUCUUUCUAUGGAUGCAAAUUUCUGGCAAAGAUGGCUCCAUAUACAUCGAAUAGUUAUCAUAUUGGAACAUGACAUCCCAGUUCCUAAACACUUGCACACACCAGGAAACAAUGGCCACUAUAGCACAAUCCAGUGUCGGAUUUCACAUUCUGCACUUACGUCCUUGCUUAGGGACUGGAGCAGUUUUGUCCUUGUGGAAGGCUAUUCCUACAUUAAACUGAUUUACAGUGCCUCAGAUCAUCCACCCACAUCUUUUUACCUUGUUCGUUUGAUAUCAAAAGCACCAUGCAUGGUGCUAAGGCUUGGCUUUCCUAUUGGGACUCCUGCUCUUCUCAGAAAUAAGAUUGUGGAUGAACUACGGGAAAGAAUUCUGCAACUACGAUUUCCUCAACGUGUGCAGAGCAAAGAAGCAACACCAAAAGUAAAAAGAAAAAUUCUUGGCAAUGCCUCACCAUCUAAAUCCCCUCCUCUGUCCCAGUCCCAGCCAGCUUUGUCAGACAGACCAUGUGUUGUGGUACUCCAUAAACCACUAGAAAAGCUCCUCAUCAGGUAUGAAAAGCUUCCUUCAGAUUAUAGGCUUUCAUUUAUUUUGAAUAUGGAGAGUUUGGCGCAUACAUCUGCAGUGCCGGCACCUCUUACCUUUGCAGCUGGACGCACAGCAUCCUCCACCCUGGCAUCUCUUUCACGUUAUUUCUUCCACCAACGUUGGAUAUGGACAGUGCACUCCGGUGUUGGUCCUCCUCUUCCAUUACCUGCUGUGGCACAGAUCCUUUCUGUACUUUCAGAAAUUCGUGUUUCUGAAGGUUUCCAUUUUGCUGCAAGUGGAGAUGGAAUUGUGAAUAUGGUGACAGAAUUACCUAUGAAGUGUGUGUCCCAAAAUGGAGAUGGAGAAAUUCACACAUGCAUUGUUCAGUAUGUUCUGUUUCCUCCCCAUUCAACUUCUUCUAAAGACAGUUUUUCUACUGAUGACGACAAUGACACAGAAGUGGAAGCAAUUGAGGUGGAUACAGAACUUAACUUGGUGACUGAAUGCUGGGUGGAACCACAAAGCGGCCUAGUUUUUAGUAGUUUGAACAGCCAUUCACAUCUUCAAGGACUGUCUUAUCAAGAGAUACCUAAAGCUAUUUUUCCUUAUGAUCUUACCUGCAUAUCUACAAUUUUAACAUUUGAAUAUCUGAGUCAGUUAUGCCAGAACAAAGACCAUAUAUCCCCUAUUGCUGGUAUUAAAGAAGAAGGUGGUGAUAUGUGGAGCAGUGACUGUAUACAGACAGUCCCCUUUCAAUUUGACCUAAUUAAACUUCUUCCAAAAUGUCAGCAGAUUGAGGUCUUUUUCCUUACUCUUGGCAGAGUAGAAGAAUAUGACAUAUCUCAGGAUUUAUCUGCCUUACCAAAUGAACUUCUUCUGAGUCUUUUCCAUGGGAGUCUUCAGCAGGACCUAAAUGAUCGUGAAAUCCCAUUGGCUGAUGCUGAUCAUAUCGCUUUCAUGCAGCAGGUUUUGCAGAGAGACAGAGAUGGUCAUAUUGCUCCCUUUAUUCUUCCUGCUGUUAAUGAGGAAUGCCUGAAUUCAGUGAAGUCCCUAGAAAGGCAAGAUACAGUGAUGUCCUUCCGCACUGUUGGGAGCAACAAAGAGGUAACUGGUUCAACUAGCACCCUUCAGAGCUUUGGAAAUGCUGAGAUGGCAGAUGAGGACUUUGCCCAACCUCAUGGAGAAAUGUAUUUCCCUCGGUGGAAAUGUUAUGCCAAAUAUGUCAAUGCACAGCAGAUUUUUCUAACAUUCCUUCCAGCUUCAUUUGCAGAUAUAUUAAGUCUUGCAUCAACAGGACCAGACAGAAAAAAACAACACGAAAUGGAUGAAUUAUUGGAAGAAAACUGCAACAGGCAAAAUCAGAAUCGAAAUAACUUUCAUGAGCAGCUAAAUGAAACUUUACUAACUGAGGAGCAGAAAAUUAUUGGUGUAGCAAAUGGAACAGAAAAAGCAAAUGGUAUAGAGGAAUCUGCUUCAUUUGUUUCCCUGCCAUCACUCAAUAAUGAUAAAGAUAAUGGUCGAAUGAAAAAUGAAAAUGGCACCACUGUAAAAGUGGGAAAUAGUAAAGAGAGCAUCCAGUUUGCAGAGCCACAAAAAAGGGAUAUACAUAUUACCUUUAGCCGCCAAGGAUCUCAGUUAGAAGGAAAUGACCAAAACAAACCACGUUGUCCUGUGUAUAUUUAUAACUGUUCCCUUGAUUUGCUGCGGGAGCAGCUAGUUAAUCCCCGGGUGGAAAAGCACCGAGACAUCUAUUUUAGACCUCAAGAUGCUGAUUCCUGGGAGUUGUAUCAGCAGAUGAAAUACAGGUCAAUGUACCAGGAGCGUAGUACCAGUACCUCUUGGACUGAUCUCUUGGCACAUUCUCACAAAUACAAAGUUCUGACCAAUUACUGCAGCCUACUACAGGAACACUACCAUCAAAGCUAUGUAAAAGGUGUUUAUCGUAGUUUACAACAAUCAUACCACAUAAGUUCACAGGAUGUAUUGACAGCAAUGGAUUACUGUGAGGAGUCCCUGAAGGAAAUUGAAAUCACAACUUUUCUACAGACCUUGUGUGGCCAUAUUAAAAACUUUAAAGAAAGUUUUGACCAUCCAGUUGUGUCCUUAGAUGAAAUUCCACCUAUUACAAAGACUACAUUCACGGUUGGUGUGAAUGAACCAGACGAAGAGGGAUCUGAUAGAGGGCCACUUGUUUCCACUUCCAGUAUAGAGACAGAAGAUGUCAGUGAAGCAGAGUCUCGAGGAAGACUCUCUAAUCCUGCCUCACCUCUUAUAUCUGAAGUACAGGAGACACACAGAAGAUAUCCUGAAUUCCCACUUUCACUUUUACACACAAAUCAGAAAUGUGAGCUUUAUCCUGAUUUGCAUCAAAUCAUUCAGGACAAAUUUCAAGAAAUCGGAGCACAAUAUUUCAAAAUAGUGCCUUCAAACCCUCAUUACUUUUUCUACUGUCCCACAUCACAAAAGAAGGAGGAGGGUGUGGAUCGAGGAGAGGUACACAGGAGACCCAGCGAUGAGAUGGAAGUGUCUGAGGCAGAGCUGGCAACAGAGGAUGAAAAUGUGUCUGGCUGUUGUAUUGUGACAGAAAGUGACACUGAUCUUGAAGUUGAGUACCUAGAACGUUUGGACCGUGAGUUACCUGGAAACAGUUCUCUAUCUGACUCUAAUACUGUCAAUCAGGAUGAGGAUUCUUUCAGCAUUUUGGAAGGAGAUUCAUUUCUGGAACCUGAAGAACCACAACAGGAGCUGCCUCCUCUUUUUGUGCACCUCACAUGUUCUAUCAAUGUAAAGAAUUGCCAUGGUUCUAUGCCAAUGCAGACAUUACCUACUUGUCUGGGGGAAGUGAUAACAUGUUUGGAGAAUGCAGAAUCAAUUCAGUCUGUAGAUUUGAAAGACUUAUCUGUCACUCUUGAUAUCUUCGUUCUUACACUACCACUGGAAAUUGAGAUGAUAUCUGCAGAUCCACAUCAUAAAAGGUAUACGUCAGAGAGCAGUGUUUCAUUAAACAGAUCACCAGCACAGCCUUCAUCUUACCUUUCUGAUGAAGAACUCAUGCAGAACAUGGAUAGACUUCCUUCUGAAGGAGAAGAUAGGGUGAUUGGAGGAGAUCCUUUCUCCAAGCUUCCAAUUCCUCAUAAACAAGCUGUGUUGGCUACAAUGGAUGAGAUCCGGUGGGUCCUGGAAGAUGAGAUUGUUUCUGCUACUCGCCAUUUAAGGGUCAUAAACAAAUUGGUACUACAAAAGGUUGCAGAUCAUGUAUAUAACUCACAGGAACGGGAAAACUGCCGCUUUGAGGUUAUUCCACUGCAGUUUGUGUUUGGUCCAGAUCAGUCGUUGGCAAAGUUCAAGGAGGAGUUCAGUAGAAUGUCACUAUCAGGGUAUUUAUUAAAUGAAGAAAGUGACAGUUUUUACUAUGUGUCUGUGAGUCGGCUAUAUGCUCAGAGAUUGGAAAACGCCAAACGUGUUGUAGAUAAUAAACCAGUCAAUUCAGGAUACCCUCUAGAGGAUUGCACAAUAAAAUCACAGCAGGUUGUGCGUAGUUUGGGAUUUAACAAAAUGGUAGGAACCUCUCAACAGACUAAUCAGAGCCCAGCUGCUAUGGAGGAGACAAAACUAACAAAUAAUCUAGAACAAGAUAAAGCACAAAACUCUUUGGUUUCUGCAACGGAAAAAACAACAACUUCAGAGUUCUCCAGUGUUGUAACUGAAUCAUUAGAUUGUGGUAAUAUUUCCCAACCAGAAAGCAAAAGUGUUAUUUCAAAAGAUGACAAAUAUGAGAAGACUGAUUUGCAUAAUACCACAGCAUCUUCACAGUUAAAUACGUUUUUAGACCAGGAAUGGAAUGAAGAAUGUUUGAAAUCUGAGAUCAAUCAAUCUACUCCUGGCCUCCUGCAUCUUUCUAGCAAUAGCGAGAAAGAGGUCACGUGUACUCCUCCACCUAAAACUCCUUCCGCUACUAGUCUGGCUGAUUCUGUCCAUUCAGCAGCUCACUUCUCUGGGAAGCUAAGACCAAGUCGUGUUCAAAGUGUGGUUUCAAGCCAAGGGAGCCUAGACUCUGAUAUGCUCGGUUAUGAUGGUGGAAGCAGUGACUCUGAGUGUGAAGGUACUACAAUGAAUGAACAAGAUCAGCAUUGCCCUUUAAUGCCAAAUUUUUGGCUAAUUGUGAAGAUUCAUCAGGAUAGAGUAGAAGUAUACUCCCAUUGUCGAUCUCCGAAAAUUGCAAGAGUGGAUGUCUUAAAUGUCAUUGAUGAAGGGGCUAAGGAAGAAGAUGAGGUUCCAGAAUACUUACAGCUACAUCAAAUGAUUGUAAAGAGAAUUGGGGAGAUCUGUCGAAUUGUAAACCAGACCUUGCUGCUUCAAGAUCUCCAUGACAGCCACAUUUGUAAUUCCCUUCUUGUAGCUGAGAGUGAAGAAGAUAUCUGGAAGACAGACUUACAGUAUACCUCUUAUAGGCAAAGAUCUGCCGCCACUGAUGAUUACUCAGCAGAUGAGAGCUACCAACCAAGGGAUUACCUUGCAGCCACAAUGCAGUUUAUACCUGGUCACUUUGCCUGUGAUGUUGUAUGGAGCACUAUUAUUCACAUUCACCCUAGACUUAAAAUGGGCCCAAACAUGGGAGUUUCACGCGCUAUCCAGGCCCUUCGUUCUGUUCUGAAUGCAUUCUCUGUAGUUAACAGAAAAAACAUGUUUGUUUACCAAGAACGUGCUACUAAAUCAGUUUUCUACCUCAGGCUGUCAGAGACUGCACACAAUGGCAAGUUUUCAGAAUAUGAUGGCACCCUCCUACAGCCUGUUAGGUCACUUGGUCUAAUACGUAGUCAGGAGCCCAUUGCCUCUGAAGAUGUUUUGGGUUCUCGAAGCUCAUUAGAUGUAAUUUCCUACAGAGGUGUAGAGGGAUCCAGGCCUGUAGGCCAAAUGGAUAAGCACAUCCUUCUUAUGGUGCAUGGUGUUGGGCAGGCUGGUCCCGAAAUCACAGAUGAAUUGGUCAAAGUUCUACGAAAACGUUUAGACGAGGCAACACUUGAUAUCAUCACUGUUAUGUUAGUGAGGAACUGCAAACUAACUCCAGCAGAUGUUGAGUUUAUUCAGCCUCCUGGCUCUCAAGCUACAGAAGUGAUUGAGUUCAGCUUACCACAGUACUCCCAACAUUGGCUGCACGCAUUUGGUUACUACCUUCGGCAAAACCUGCUAAUAUUUCUUCAUGUUCCAAAAUACACUGACAGCAAUGUAGAACAUCAUUUUAAGCACACUUUUUACCAAAAUUGUGGUCAGUCUGAUUCUGAUUUAUAUUUGUACAACAAACCAGGUGGUCAAGGAACUGGAGGAAAAGGAAUUGCAUGCAUUGCUCUUUCCUUCGUGGAUGGCAAGGGAUCACCUCUUCAGUUCUCAGGACAUGAAUUACAAACUUCAUUGAAAGGAAGUGUAUCUAGAAUUGUCCUACAAGAAAGUGAAUUUGAAGCACUAACUGAUAUUACCAGAAUCAACUUGGAAAACAUGGAAAUAAGUCCUUGGGUUCAUGUUCGAUUUGAUAUUUGGGAACAGGGUAAUGUUAGCCCUGUGCAGCUUGCUGAUAAAUUAAAGAAUGCAUUACGCCAUGCUCUCUGUGACGUGAUUAUGGAAUUCAAGGUUCUAUCAAACCCUCUUUGUGUGGAAUCUACUCUGACAGCCUCUGAUCAGAAAGAAUAUUCUGCUGGUCUUCCAGCACAAUUAUUUUGUGAUGUUAAAGACCUACCAAAGCAACUUUCCAAUAGUGGAAGUACCAAAAGAUGUCCAUCUCCUAUUCUCUUUUCUACUGCUCCACCUCCCACAUCUGCAGGUGCUGUAACACCUGAAUCUACUACACCAACUGGAAAAACAGCUCGUAGAAGUUUCUGGGAUAUGUUGAGUAAACCAGAUCUUUCUGAACUUGGAUCUCCAAAAACCACGGAUGAUAUAAUUCUGGAGAAAGCAGAGGAUAGCCGCACACGUCGCAGACAUAAAACUGAGAAUGUGAAACAACCUUGGAGUCAAGAAAAAGUGGCUAUGUCAGAAAUGGAACAGGCACAGAAGCAAGCAGCUGCCCAGAGGAAACAUACAGUUCAUCUUGAGGAAGGGGAAACAGGAAAUUUACACCCAGUCUUCCAGUCAACUUGCCAGAAAUGGUUGGCAUUUAUGGACCAUAUUGGAUGCCCUUCUGUUCAGCAGUGCUCAGCAGAGAUUGUAUCACAGUUUCUUUUGCCUUCCAUUCUAACUGAAGUUGUUAAUCUGGUUAGUUCACUUGCCAUAGACACUACAGUUAAGGUGUUUGAGAGAAUCUGUUCUACAAAUGGGGAAACCUUUCUUCCUCUGUCUCUCAACCAGCAUUCCAGUAAACCCCCUGCUGUUGCUAGGCAAUUUAUACUUAUUGGGCGAAAUUUUCAGCAGUGGCGCCAAAGCACUGAACAAGAAGACUACUGUGCUGAAGAGUCUGCUCCACUGGUUAAUAGGUUUACACCUCAUAAAGGAUUUCAACGAUUUGAGUCCUUGGAACAAAGUGAAUCAGGUAGUUCUGCUGUGUCAGGAAAGGGAACGGUUCCACGACAAAGGUUCACCAUUGUUGAUGUUUUGGAUAAAAAGCUAAACCUGUAUACAUACAAUUGGUCUGUAGAUCUGGGAGUGUCUCUCAGUCGAGGACUGACACGAUUGGUUCAUUGGCAGAAUGCUCGUUCACACAUAGUACAAUGCCUACUUACCCAGAAAAUGGGACUUUUUCAUCAUUACUGCUUUUCUGACACUCCAACAUAUGAAGACCUCAAACAGGAGCCCAAUCACUUUUUGAGUACCACACUAGAAGCUGAUGCACUUCUUCGUAGUGCAACACCACCCCCUACAAAGGAUCAAGGCAAACUGAGUGGUUCUGGAAGGAGCUUACCUCCACUACAUUUUUCAACAGAGUUGGUAUCCUUUGAUGAAGCUUUGCGGGACAUUGCUGUAGGAUGGCCUAUCAUGGCUAUUCAGGAUAUAAGUGGAAAUGCAGAUCCAGUUUUUCGGCAUGGAGCGCAGUUACUUGAAAUUAAAGCCGUUGAGCGCAGAGAAAUGGAGAAGCAGUUGAAGAUUGAAAACCUAUUUGUGACCUGGCAACAGCGAUCAGCUCAGUCAAAUAUGCCCAUCUCUGCUGCUGAUCUUGACACAUUAAAGCAGUCAUCACGCCUAGUCCAUUACUGUGCCACUCCACUACUUUUCGACCCUGUUUUUCGCAAACAAAUUCAAGAAGAUCAGACUAUUAACCCUUUUGCUAAGAAAAGACAUUGCUCAAAUGAUUCUACAGCCUCCGGUCGAGAUCGAACCAAUAGUUGUGAUUCUGUGGAGAUGCUACCAUGUCGUCUCAAAGACGAGCCCUGGCUGCUAGAUAUAUCUAACACUUUUGUACAGCAGUAUGUUCAAUACCUGCAGAGUAUGGGCUUUAUACUUGUUCAGGUUCGACCACCAUCACCUGCCAGAAGCAUUGCUCGUGCUCGUGCUGCAGCAUUUUGUGGCAUGAAUACAGAUAGUAGGUCUUCUUUCUCCUACAACAAACAGAAAAGUGAAGAAAGCCCCAAGAGCACAGCACCUGGGACGUCACCUUACCAUUUACAGCGUGCCCUUCCAGGAGGAAUAGUGCUAAUGGAGUUGGCUUUUCAGGGCUCUUACUUCUGCGUCAAGCAGUAUGCUUUGGAAUGUUCCCGUAUUCCUAUGGGACAAUCUGUAAAUUCACAGGGCAAACUCUUCUCCAAUCCACGUAGCAAGUCAUACUCAGAGGCCACUUCUCUCUCAGAAUCUGCGCUCUCAAUGUUGUUUACAGAGGAAUGUGACAAGGUACGAGACCUGAUGCAUGUACAUUCAUUCAGUUAUGAUUUUCACCUUCGCAUUGUUCAUCAAUACCUUUUGGGAUGUCAGAUGACUCUGAGACAAGGUUAUCAACUAUCAAGCUUCCUUGAAGAUUUUAUUGCUUACCAUCCUGACAUACCCAAGUUUGGCCGAAAUCAUGUUUUUCAAGGUACUUUCUCCAUCUCCACUGGGAUGAUAACUGCUCAUCAGCUGUAUAAUUACAUCACCGACCAUGCAGUAACCUAUGGGAUGAAACCACUUCGAAUGUCAAAAUCUACAGAAAGUAGUAACAGUCGUAAAGGAGUUCCAAAUUCAGAGUUACCUGAGUAUGCAUUGGUGGCACUUUGGAACAGCUCAGGGUCAUACAAGGAUUCUGAAGGCUUACGCCACCAUGACGACUUUGAUGUAUCCUUACUUGUGUGUCAUGCUUGUGCACCUUUUGAAGAGCAGUCUGAGGUGGAACGCAACUUAUUAAGGCUUACUUAUUAUGUAAUAAUGACAAGUCAGCGUGAGCUGUUUCCACGUCUAACAGCAGACAUGAGACGUUUCAAAAAGCUUCCAAAUAUCCAAAGAGAACCCCUGGAUCCUGAUAGUAAAUCCUGUAGAGAAAGAUCAGAGGCAGUUGUGGUACAAGAUGAAGAACUGGACUUGUGGGAGAAGUUAGAAGAUUACUCAAGUGAGUUCUAUUCAAGCAGGCCACAGGUGAAGAUGGCUCCUGGUCUGAUUUACUCUUCACCGCAGUUUCCUCUUUUAGCCUCAGAGGUGACUUCAGCACAGGAACGCAUUCUAAGCAGUGUGCAGAAAGCCAAGGAACACUGCCGGCGGGAUAACCUGUGGAGACGACUUUUCCAUGGGGAGCAGCUUUCAUCAGACAAGCUUAAAUUAAGCAAACUCACCUUUACUGAGUUAGAAGAGCUACUUAAUGCUGUUCAGAGCUGCGUAAUUGGAGACAUUGAUCCGCAGUUGGACUGCUUUCUAACAAUGAAUCCUGGCUGGUACCAGAGUCUUAUUAAGGUGCUACUUUCUCGAUUUGCACAAAGUUGUCGUCAUUUUGUUGAUAAUGACAAUGGAAUUCAGUAUCUGGUAGUCCUUAACCAAAAAUUCACAGACUGUUUUGUCAUCGUUUUCCUUGAUUCACAGACAGGAAAAGCAAGCUUAAAAGUGGUUUUUCGAGAGCCAUUGCCCCUUCAACCUCAAACUAGCAACAGUCCAUCUCCACAGCUUGUGUCAAUGUAUCACCACCUGGAGUCUGUCAUCAAUGCAGCCUGCUUCAAUCUCUGGACAGGACUUCUUUAACAGUUAUGGAGGAAUGGUACACCACAGUAGGAUUAUGGCUAUAUAUCAUAUUAUGUAAGGUAUGACAUAAACAAAUAGGGAUAAUAGAUUAUUGGGGUGAGCAAGUGUUACUGUGUACUAAAGGGCCUUUAAUGAGUGUACAGACGGAUUUGUUACACUGUUCAAGUGCCAAACGUGCUCCCUCAAAAAUCAGCUUCCAAGAAUACUUUCUUCAUAGCUAUGAAAGAGGUGUUUUUUUUUCUCUAAUUUAUUGUUAAAUCUAAGGUUAAUAUACUCUUUAUAGUGAUGCUAGUCAGCACUAAUAAUGUUAAUAUUUCAUCUUUAAAAGCACUAAAUUAGAGCAUAUUGAAGUACUACCUCAGAGGAAAAGUUUUGCUUAGGGCUUAAAUAACUUUGACUACUGUAUAUGUUCAUACUGCUUAUUUCCAAAGAGACAGUGAUACUUUUGUAAAUUUAAAAAAUAUAAUUAUGGCAAUCUGGCUCCCCAUGUGUUUUCAAAAAUCUGUAUUAAUUAAGAGCAGACUUCAGAGGUAGCCACAGAAAUUUUCUUUUUUUAUUGUCUUUUUAAUGAUGGGACUGAAUUGUAUCAAGCAUUCUGGAUCAAUGAGAAGCCUUUUGUCUUUCUUAGCUAUUAAAUAAGUUUAUUUUUUACAUGGCUAAUGUAUUUUGCUAAUUACAGAUAUUUUCUCAAAUACAAAGAAGUUUAGCAUUGUUCAUUUUAUAUAUAAAUAAUUUAGAGCCACAGUAGACAGCCAUAAAUUUUAAGUGCCUGAAUUUAUCAGUUUUGUAGACAUUCUUAGAGAGAAAUGUUAAGGCGAUUUAAAAUGACGGUUUUGUUCUGUGGAGAAAUCUCUGUCACUUCAUAUUCUCACACACACACACACGUGCUGUUCACUUUACUGUACUCACAGUGAAAGGAAAAUCACACCCCACUUUUCCAUUUGCACCGAUAAUUUAAUUUUCUUUUUGAAAGACACAGGUUGUUAAAGUUGUUUUUGGGAAGUGAAUACUUUGGAAUUAAAGGUGGAAGUCUUGUGUGAAUGUACCUUUAAGUUACAAUACAAUUAUAAUAGAUACUUUUCUUCAGGGCAUGGAGAUCUUUUAAGCAUGUAAAUGCAACCUGUUUUAGUCCUUAUAAAAUUACAACACUGAAUGUGUAAAAUAAUUUCUUCUUAUAUUUAAUCGCACAGAAGGCCAUUCUGAAAUGUUCAUAAAUUACAUUUUGGGCCUUUAGCUAAAUGUCAAGAAAUAGGUAUGUGCUAUUAUAUGUACAUUUUGUAUCUGUAUGUAUAAAUAUUAUUGUAAAUCUGAAAUGAUGAAUUAAAAAUGACAACAUAUUUAUAAACUUCUUCCUGUAUAUUUCUUCUCUCUUUUUAUAUAUUAGUAUUGCAUGUUCUUUGUAACAGGUUGUAAAAUACAUUUAUAAUGGUUGAGGUCAGGAUGGCAUCCAGUCAUAAAAAAAUAUUUCCCAAUUCUGCCCUCUGCAGGGGUAACCUGCCAGCCUGGAACAACCCUGAAAAUGGGUACUAAACCUGGUAGAGAGCGAUGAUAGAAUCAAAUUAAUGUAAUUCACUGCUGCUUUAGAAACUUCUAAAUAACGGACACUGUCCUGCUAUGCCUCUUCAUAACAUCAAUUUUACAAUGUUUGGAGACAGAAAAAGAUAUUUCAUCAAACUUUACAUCAUGAAUAGUUAGUAAACGUCUAAAAUGACUCCUUUUAAAAAGUAGCAUAUCGGGUUCAAUGUGAGGUUCAAAAAUAAAAAUGUGACAUCUCAGAAUAAACAGUACAUUAUACUCUGGUUGCUUUUUCAUAUUUCUGUAACAUAAUAAAAUGAACCUGAUGAUGAGGAGAAGGAGGAUUUUUAGCCUUCGUUAAACUGAAAUAACUUACAAUAAAUGUAUGUCAAUACAAUAC